UCAGGGUGGUAGUUGCCCAUAAACACGCCUGUAUGAGUAUCAGAAAUAUGGCGGAGAGCGAGCUGAACGUUGACAGUCUUAUUUCUCGAUUACUAGAAGUGCGAGGAUGUCGUCCAGGGAAGAUUGUGCAGAUGACAGAGGCUGAGGUUCGGGGGCUCUGCAUCAAAUCCAGGGAGAUUUUUCUCAGUCAGCCGAUUCUGUUAGAACUGGAGGCCCCUCUCAAAAUCUGUGGUGAUAUCCAUGGCCAGUACACAGAUUUGCUGAGGCUAUUUGAGUACGGAGGUUUCCCUCCAGAGGCCAACUAUCUGUUCUUGGGUGAUUAUGUGGACAGAGGGAAGCAGUCGCUGGAGACCAUUUGUCUGCUACUUGCAUACAAGAUCAAAUAUCCAGAAAAUUUCUUCCUGCUCAGGGGGAACCACGAGUGUGCCUCUAUUAAUCGCAUCUAUGGCUUCUAUGAUGAGUGCAAACGUAGGUUUAACAUAAAGCUCUGGAAGACAUUCACAGACUGUUUUAAUUGUCUGCCCAUUGCUGCAAUAAUCGACGAGAAGAUCUUCUGCUGCCACGGAGGACUUUCACCUGAUCUGCAGUCCAUGGAACAAAUCCGACGCAUCAUGAGACCCACUGACGUCCCAGACACAGGUUUGCUGUGUGACUUGUUGUGGUCAGACCCAGACAAAGACGUGCAGGGCUGGGGGGAGAAUGACCGAGGAGUCUCAUUCACCUUUGGUGCUGACGUGGUCAGCAAGUUCCUCAACCGUCAUGACCUGGAUCUCAUCUGUCGGGCGCAUCAGGUUGUAGAAGACGGCUACGAGUUCUUUGCAAAGAGGCAGCUGGUGACUCUGUUUUCAGCUCCUAACUACUGCGGGGAGUUCGACAACGCAGGCGGCAUGAUGAGUGUGGACGAGUCGCUUAUGUGCUCCUUUCAGAUAUUGAAGCCGUCAGAGAAAAAAGCUAAGUACCAGUAUGGAGGGGUGAAUUCAGGACGCCCUGUCACCCCACCUCGAACCACUCAGGCACCUAAAAAGAGGUGAGCAGGUGGCCCCGAUUUUCCUGCUCCUCCUGUCGCUGGUUGGUCUGUGGACCACACCCCUGCAGGCAGACUCCAAACACUCCACCUCCUCUCUGUCAUAUCGUUCUUGUGUAAAUACAAACUACUGGAGUGCUCUUGCUUGUUCUGUGGGUAAAUUAUAUAAACACUCAUAUUUUUUUCCCCCAUUUCUUGGAUGCCAUAUAUUUAUUUACUCAACCCUAACUUCUGCUUCUCAGCCCAUUCUGGAAUAUUUACACCAACCCAUUUGUGGAAUGGGCAAAAGGUUUUUUUCAGCUUCAGAUUAACACUUUCCAUUGUGAUUUUGUGAAUGCAUGCACACUUGUGUGAUAUAUGACUUCAUUGUCAGAGCCAGUUGGAAUCCACACAUUCUCCAAGCCUGCAGGGCCAAAUAUGUCCUGACUCAGCUCAGUUCUCUCUUACAUAUCGGCAGAAGUAUUACACUGCAUGAAGGAAUAAAAACAUUUCAGGAAAUUUCAGGCAUUUACGUGUAUUCCUGUCAAGAGUCAGAUAUGAUUGAUGCCAUUCUCACCCCUCAAAUAUGAGUCAACUACCAGUCCAAAUUUAGCUCAGCAAAUAGGUAGCUGGGCUUUGUACAACAGUAUCUUAAGUAUUUUAUUUUUAAUAUGUAACAUUUUGCUUGAUUGAUCCAAAAGUGCAAAAAUUACUAAUUUGAUUAUUACUUGAUAAGGACCCCAAAGCCUUGGAACCAACAGAGCUGCUGGUUCCAGACCAAUAAACUCACGUAUCGAUAAAACAAACACAACAUUGUAAGUCAAUUAGUUUAAUAUAAACAGAGCAACUUUUUCAUGUUUUUUUUAUUAGCUGCUGGCUUCGGCUACAUAAAAAACAAACAAACAAACAAAAAAAAGUCUCCUCAUCCAACUCUAGGCAAGAACGCAGCUUUGAAUUUUUUUCCAAAUGUCAAGCUGUCUAUUAUUAUUCUGACACAACAGCAUCACUUCCCCCACGACUUAAGAAUGUUUUUCUCUCCAGAGAUCAAUAAUCCAGAAAUUUUAAUGGCAUAAGUGCAAUAAAUAUUGCUUUAAAGUCUGCUAUGUAUAAGUACAAAUAUUUGUUAAGGUGAUCAAAGCUUCUCUGAGAUAAAAAAAAGGCCAAAGUCAACCUGUGCUCUACUUUAGUUACAUAUUUGUGUACUCAUUUACUUCCAGGUUCCAGCUUUUUUAAAACUCAUUUUUUAUGCCUCAUAUCAUUGAGAGCAUUUGUGGUUUUAAAGAGUUUAAUUUUCAUUAUUUAUAAAGUAAGGGAAAACCAAAAUGCAAAUGGUUCCUCUCUUGUUCUGGUGUGAAUUUGGUGUACAUGGGAUGCAAACAAACUUGUGAUUAUCUUGACUAUAUUUGUGUCCCUUGGUAAAAAUGGUAGAUGUGUAGAAAUGUAGUGACGAUUGUACCAACAUAAAGAGGAUAUACAAGUGAAAGGUGAUAAACGAGACAUUUUUUAAUGUAACACAGUCACGUAAAGUACAGGAUUGACGCAGAUUUCAUUUUAAUGAUUUUUUCUAGUGUUCACAGCUUACACACUGAACAAUGUUGUACAUCCAGUCACUGCAUGACAGUCGAGGGUCAAAGGCAUUUUGGUUGUUGGCAUUACAGUUCUCAGUAGUUAUUGAAUAAAUGGCAGUAAAUCAUUUCUAAACUUCCAAUGAACAUUAAAGCAAGGUUACUUUAUUUCAAUCCAACCAUUUGCCUUGUAAUUUUGCAAGUCUUCGAGUUGGAAACAGUAUGUAAAAACUGAUCGGAUGUCAGAAAUUUGUAUGAAUUUGUGCCAAAUGGAUUAAAUAAAUGGAAAUGCUGUUGA